CGGCACCUUGACUUCCAUUGCAGUCGGCGAUUGUCCAGUCCUAAUUUUUCGACACGGACAGGGCUGAACUUUUUUGUACUUUGGGGUUAUCGGUGAUCUCAGCAACGGCGUCUCACUCCUUUCUCUGUCGCCUCUCCUCCUCACGGCGUUUAUUUUUCUUAUUGGCACCCCAUUUCCCCCAGGUUUUGCAGUUAGUUGGCGGAGCUCAGUAGAAGCUGUGCACAGAGGGAACCAGACAAAAAGAUGGCGAAUAAUGAUGAGAAAACCGUCGUCGAUACCAGGGAUGCGCUCGAAGUGCUGGAGUCUGAGGCCAAGGAGUGGGAGAAAGAUGCAGAGAUAAACCGAAUUCUACAGGCAUUUCGCCUAGAUGCUUACGCCGUCCUCGGGCUCAAGCCCGGCGUCCCCGAGUCCGACAUCAAGAACAUGUAUCGCAAAAAGUCCCUGCUGAUCCAUCCGGACAAGACCAAGAACCCGCAGGCCCCCGACGCCUUCGACCGGUUGAAGAAGGCCCAGACGGAGCUGAUGGACGAGAAGCUGCGCACCAACCUGGACGAGGCCAUCGCCGACGCGCGCAUGCUCCUGAUGCGCGAGAACAAGUGGACGGUCGACAGCCCCGAGCUGAAGACCGAGGAGUUUGAGAAGAAGUGGGCCGACAAGACAAAGUUCGUGCUGAUCGAGAACGAGCAGCGCCGCCGGCGGCAGGUCAAGGGCCAGAUGCAGGACGAGGGCCGCCAGCAGCGCAAGGAGGACGAGGAGCUCGAGGCGAGGAAGCGCAAGAGGCAGCACGAGCAGGACUGGGAGGCCACGAGGGACCAGCGCAUCGACAGCUGGCGGCAGUUCCAGAAGUCAAAGUCUGGGGGGGACGGGCCGGAGAAGAAGAAGAAGAAGAAGCUGAAGCCGAUCGGUUGAACCGUUGAACGUGGGGCUGGGGCACGCUUUCUACACUUUCAUCCCGUCAAUAUUGCAGGCGCAUAUCGGGGAUAGGGAUCACAGUCGACGAUCCUAGGUGAACCCAGGGCUACCGUGAGCAACGGAAUAGUGAGUUGAGCAGUGAAAACUACGUUGCCAUCGGGCCUAACCAACCUAGAAUUGCCGUCGUUUCCUACCCUGAGACUCCCAACUUGCGAGGCACAAUCUCUCUUGUUCGCAAUUCAAGACCAUGAUGGAAGGGCAAUCGCAUCUCGCUCCGUUGGUCUGUUCUG